AUGGGCGCUGCUGCAAGUACAAUGGGCUCUGCCACGAGCAAGGGUGGUACUCGUAAAUCGGACGCUGCCAAGGCGUGGGAAGACGAAAACCACGAUGACGAACAUACUAUGGAAUCUGCCGAAUCCAAUGGCAGUGUGGAUGAUAGCAUCCAGAGGCACUCGUUGGACAUUGAGAAGACCACGAAGAGGACCACUUGGGCUGCCUUGUUGGUUGUUAUUGUCGGUGCCGUUGCAAGCGCUUCCUUCCUCUAUAUGGGGAUUUCGAAUGAGAAGGAAACAAAGGAUGAAAGCUUCCAGAAGCGAUCUACUGAUUUGGCCGAGGGCGUUCAGGGUGCCAUGAAUGACUACGAAAAUGCUUGCUCUUGGAUCCACCAGGCUUGCAAGCACUGGAGGGAAUACGACUUUGCUUACAAAGACUUUCGUGACCUCCACGAUUCCAUUGCCGCCUACGGCGGUGGGUUGGAUUUCUACGCCAUGGAAUGGUGCCCCAAUGUCACUGCGGAAGAGCGUCCUGCCGUCGAGGAGAGAGCAGCAGCUUUCUUUCGAGACAAACCCUACGAAGGAGUCCCAGAUUUCAAUUACACUGGAAUUAGGGGACUCCUUCCCGAAGACCCUGCUUCCAUGACAAUUGUCUCCCGAGAAGAAAAGCCCUUCUACUUCCCUAUUCAGUUCUUCGAGCCCAUUGAAACCGUGAAAGGGCUCUACCACUAUGAUGUCUACAGCGCUCCUUGGGAACAGCCCUCUGUCAAUCUGGCGCUAGAGACAUGGAAGCCGGUGGCGACGCCCGGGUUCAAGAUUGUGGCCAGCGGUGAGCAGGAAAGUUUCACCACCGUCCUGUACCAUCCAGGUGUUCCCGUUGAGGGUACAAAGCCCAAAGAUCUUUCCAAUAUGUUGAUUCAGAUCAAAGCUCUCCUGGAAAGAUCUGUACGAUUCCAGACCGAAAGCCUUGGUGUGUACCUCUUUGAUAGGUCUGAAGACAUGAUGUUCCUUGGAGGUAUGCAUGUCGUGGUCGAUGCCAACGGAGACAGAGAGUUAGAGUACUUUCCCGACCGUAUCACUUUGGACGAGAUUACAGGAAAGGAUCGCCUCUACGAGGAAGACAUCGAAUUCGCAUCCAGGGUCUGGACGAUCUAUGUUGUUCCCAUCGAUGACGCCUACGAACCAUCCUUGGUCACCAUCAUUGUUACUGGUGUCUUGAUCUUUUCAGCUUCCCUCGGUCUGGCUCUUUGGAUGCUGACAAACAUGUAUCGUUCCAUCCAGAUUCAUCGUGUCAUGUCCAAGGCUGCGGCCGAAGCAGCUAUUGUAACGAGCCUCUUUCCAGAAAACGUGAGAGACCGUCUCAUUCAAGAUGCCACUCGAGCCAAACCAAGGGGUGGUAAAAAGGGUUCUGACUCUGACAUAUUCAAGUUCGACGGGAACGAUAGCAGAGGCGUCCUGUGCCAAGACGGGUUGUCCAACUUGUUGACGAGUGAGGGGUUGUUUGGUUGCAAGCCUAUCGCUGACUUUCACCCCUACACCACCAUUAUGUUUGCAGAUCUUGUCGGAUUUACCGCUUGGUCCAGUGUUCGGGAGCCCAGCCAGGUGUUUACCUUGCUCGAAGUUGUCUACCACUGUUUUGACAACAUUGCCAAGAGAAGACGCGUAUACAAAGUGGAAACAGUCGGAGACUGCUAUGUUGCCGUCUCAGGAUUACCGCAGCCACGUAAAGACCAUGCUGUCGUCAUGUCACGAUUUGCCAACGACUGUCUGAUGAGAUUGCCGAUGCUCUUGAAGGCCUUGGAAACGACACUCGGCCCUGAUACUGGCGAUCUGGGUAUCCGGAUCGGGCUUCACAGCGGACAGGUUACUGCAGGCGUUCUACGUGGCGACAAAGGACGCUUUCAGCUCUUUGGUGACACUAUGAACACGGCAUCACGCAUGGAAUCAACUGGAAUCAGGAACAAGAUCCAAUGCUCUUCUGAGACUGCCGAUUUGCUGAGAGAAGGUGGUCGUGAGAGGUGGAUCACUCCCCGUGAAGACGCAAUUUCUGUGCGCGGAAAGGGGCUUAUGCAAACUUACAUCUUGAAGGUCACUGCUGGCUCUCGAAGUUCCGCCCAGGAAGCAGCUGCUUCAUUGAGUACAAAUGAUACUUCCGUGUCCUCUGACCGUGAGGGAAGGAUCCAGCGGCUUGUAAACUGGAACGUCGAAGUCCUAUCAUCCCUACUCAAGAAGGUUGUAGCAAGAAGGGAAGCGAUGGGAAACAGCCGCCGAGGGGCAGCACGUACGGUUGGAAACGACCAACUUACGAAGCAAGGAGGAACGGUACUAGACGAGGUUCUGGAGAUCAUUCCGUUGCCUGAAUUCAAUGGUGAUGCUAUCAGAAGGCAAGUAGAUCCAGAUUCUAUUGUGUUGGACUCGAAGGUGGUGGAAGAGCUUUCCUUGUUCGUCAAGGAGGUUGCAAUGGGCUACAGGAAUAAUCCUUUUCACAGCUUUGACCAUGCGUCCCAUGUCACCAUGUCGGUUCUCAAAAUGAUGAGUCGCAUUGAGAAUCCCAAAGAAAUCCUUCUGAAGAAGAAAGAGGCAGCCAAUUUCAAGGAAAUGGAAGCCAAACUCCACGACACUUCUUUCGGCAUAACCUCGGACCCCCUCAGUCUGUUUUCCUGUGCAUUUUCGGCUCUCAUCCAUGAUAUGGAUCACCAAGGUGUCCCCAACAUGACUCUGGUCAACGAAAAGUCUCCCAUUGCGCAGAAAUACGAAAACAAGAGUGUCGCAGAACAGAACAGCGUCGAAUUGGCGUGGGAGAAGCUCUUGUCUCCCAGGUUUCAAAACCUGAUGGGCUGCAUCUGCUGCAACGAAGAAGAGUUCAGGCGCUUCCGCCAGUUGGUCGUCAAUUCCGUCAUGGCCACUGACAUUGUUGACAAGCAGCUUGGUGCGGCUCGAAAAGCUCGUUGGAAUAAGGCUUUCAUUGGCGAAGAAGAUCCUUCCGAGGGAGAAGACGACUUGCAAGCUGUCAACCGCAAGGCAACGAUUGUGAUCGAGCAUCUCAUUCAGGCAAGUGACGUUAGUCACACGAUGCAGCAUUGGCACAUUUACAUGAAAUGGAACGAACGCCUCUUUCAAGAAAUGUACAAGGCCUACAAGGCUGGCCGUCUAGAGAAAGAUCCUUCCGAAGGAUGGUAUCGAGGAGAGCUUGGUUUCUUUGAUUUCUACAUCAUUCCACUUGCGAAGAAGCUCUUCACCUGUGGUGUUUUUGGCGUGUCUAGUGAUGAAUUUUUGAACUAUGCCAUCAUCAACCGCAAGGAGUGGGAGCUUAAGGGCGAGGAAAUGGUGAAGCAGUAUCAGCAGAACUACAAGGUCCUCUACGAAGAGUGCGAAGAGUCCGAAUACGCGGAAGUGACAGAGAGAGCCGAUGACCUUGACGAUCCAACUCCAGUGUUUUCAUCCAUUUUGGAAUGCUAG